GGGGCGGCGCUCGCCGCCCGCUCCUCGACGGGGCGGGCCGGUGGGUGCCGUGCCGUGCCGUGCCGAGCCUAGCCGCGCGGGGCAGACGGCGGAGACCUGAGACGGGGCUGCACGCAGCAUGUGAGCUGCGGCCCCAGCGCUCUGAGGGACCGACCGCCGACGCGGGCUCCAGCAUGGGGUUCGCCCUGCUCCUGGGGCUGCUCCUCUCCCGAGCAGGAGACCUCCUGGCUCUGCCAAGGAGUGACUGCAUAGCAGCAGAACAACUGUGCCUCUUGGAUUCUACCUGCAAUGGCACCUACAGGAUCCUGGAAAACUGUGCCCUGGCUAAGACUCGCUUCCUUCCACUGGAUCAUGAUAGCAGGGUCCAAUGUCUGAAUGCAGAGCUAGACCUCGGGAAUAGCUCUUUGCUGCACUGCAAGUGUCACCGGCGCAUGAAGAGAGAGGAGCACUGCUUGCGUGUUUUCUGGACCAUUCAUUCCAGCAUGACAGAUGGUUAUUUCAAUUUGGAGACCUCUCCCUAUGAGAAUCCAGCAAAUGAAGAACACUGGAAGACAGACUAUAAUAAACUGGCAGCUCUGUUAUCAGGCUCACAGUUAGCAAGAGAUGCAACAAAUCCAUGCGUAAAAGCAACUCAUGUCUGUAAUCUGAGCAAGAAGUGUGUUCGUCUGCGCACAGAAUAUGCUUCUAUCUGCACUAAAGGAGCAGGAAAUGAGGACGUGUGUGACCGUCGAAAAUGCCACAGAGGGCUGAGGAAUUUCUUUGAGAAAGUCCCUGAGGAUUUCACCAAAAGGAUCCUAUUCUGUCCAUGUCAAGAUGAGCUUUGUGGAGAACGACGCCGGAAAACUAUUGUUCCAAAUUGUUCCUUCCAGUAUAGCACCAAACCCAAUUGCCUCUGGCUUCUGGACUCCUGCUUAGAAGACCAUAUCUGCAAAUCCCGACUGGCUGACUUCCAACAAAAUUGUCAACCUGCAGACACAUCUCCAGAUGGUUGCUCUCAGCACAGCCAUGCUGCAUGCCUGCAGGCUUACAUGGGGAUGAUUGGCACACCCAUGACACCCAACUAUGUCAGCAACUCCAGUGCGGAGGUAUCCCUGUGGUGCACAUGUGAGAGCAGCGGCAACAAGAAGGAGAAGUGUGACCAGAUACUUGGCAUGUUUGAGAACAACAAAUGCCUUGAAAAUGCGAUUUGGUCUCAAAUGCACCUGAAACAGACAGCUCUAGAAAGACAGGAAGACUUCUUUUAUUCAUCUUCCCUAAGCUUCCAACGAGACAGUGCCAGCACAUCUCUUGCUUCAGAAAUGUCCCAGGUGGCUGAAGGGAAGACACAGCGAGACAUCUCCAAACACAGCAGUAUGCCUAUGGCCUCCUCAGUAUAUUCUGGAGCUGCUGUUUCUUGGCCAUCCCUGGCUCUGUUCCUGCCCCUGUGGCUGAGCCCACAUUAACCUGGCAGAAAUGGCAUCUUUUCUUCCCAUAUUACUAAUUUUAUUUCAUAUCCCAGCACCUCCCACUAUGGAUUUAUCUUGGAAAACAGAAAGCUUACAGAAAAGAGGAGUGGAAAAGCCUUAACCCAGAACGGCAGUCACUGAAAACUUCCCCCCCCUUCGCACCCCAUUUUCCCCCACCAGUUUGUACUGAACUCUGCAGAUCUGGUGCCCACCAUUGCUUCUGCCAUGUUAGCAUUUUGAGUAACAGUCAGGCUAAUGCUUUAAAACGAAGGUCUGAGUUCUGACAGAACUUCUGCAGCACUAGAUUCUGACUGCAGGGAGGGACCCAACACCAUGCACCCUACUGCUCCAUGUUCUGGAGCUCUUCCUCAGGCAUACAAUCACAGGCUGGUUUGGGUGGGAAGGGACCUUAAAGCUCAUCCAGUUCCAACCCCCUGCCACAGGCAGGGACACCUUCCACUAGAGCAGCUUGCUCCAAGCCCCUGUGUCCAACCCGGCCUUGAGCACUGCCAGGGAUGGGGCAGCCACAGCUUCUCUGGGCACCCUGUGCCAGCGCCUCAGCACCCUCAUAGUAAAUUUUUUUUCCGUAUAUCUAAUCUAAACCUACCCUGUUUCAGGUUAAAAGAGUGCAGUACAGUGUUCCUGUUUCUCCAGGCCUUGCUAAAUAGUCUCUCUUAUGAUCCUUCUUUAUAUAUAUCGAAAGGUCCCAGUAAGGUCUCCCCAGAGCCUUCUCUCUCCAGGUCAAACCAUGCCAGCUGUCUCAGCCUUUCUUGGCAGGAGAGGUGCUCCAGCCCUCAUAAUUUCUGUGGCUCUGCUCUAAACCUUCUUAAACAGGUCCAUGUCCUGUCACUUGGCCUUGCUGAAAUUCAGGAGGUUCACAUGGGCCGACUCCUCAAGCCUGUCAAGGCAUGGAGUUCAGCACAUCAUCCUAAAGGCCAGAAAGAAGUCCAUGCUCCAGGGUGGGCAGCAAGUAAAGCUCAAUAAACAUAAAGUCUCUGGUAAACACCAGUUCUAGAUUAUGUUCAGUUCCCUUUUCAGAUUCAUUUCAAGUACGAAAAAUACCAUUCCAGAUCAAGGACACUACAUUUUUAUAUUCUUGCUCCUUUGCGGGUUGCCCCUUGCAACAUGUAUAUAUAUACAUAUAUAUAAUCAUCACAGCUAGCAACAGACUUGGAUUUUGUGGGUUAGAAUGGAUUUCUAUGCUCAACCCCAGUAAAUUUAGUCUUAUCUAGCAAAGGAUGACCUUGCCUGGCCUCAGGACAAACCUUAGUAACACUUAGAGAAUGCAUAUAGCUCACUGACCACAAAAUCCCUGGGAUAUUCAAGCUGCGAAAAUCUCUGGGAGCUGUAACUACCUUGUACGUCUCCACAUAUUCCAGUUAUCACUGUCCCCUGCCACACUGCCUGCCCAAUCUCUGCCAAACUCUAUUUCAUGGCCUGUUUUUUUCUGAGUGUAAAUGCGUGCACUGUGUAACUGCUGUUUUGUACUGCAAUUGCCUGUUAAAAUGUGGUGUUAAGUGAAUAUUGAUUUUUGAGCAUAGGUUAAUAGUCCACAAUCAAUUGUGUUCAAGAGGUGCCUCAUCAGCCAGCCUAGGCUUUCAGGAUAGCAGAAACUCAUCUCAAAGCAGCUCCUCCAUGCACACAAUAGUGCCCCUUGCUUGUUCUAUGAGACAAAACAGAUCUGAACAGUAUUACCCACAGCCAGACAAUAUUACAAUCUUGAAUAUAUUCAGAACAUGGGCAUGUUUAUUUUUACCCUGUGGUUUAUCUGUUGCCAGGAAAGCAUCAGCUAGAUAAUAUGCUGUGGCUUCCAGUCACUGUCAGACACCUUCUUAUUACAGAAUCUCAUGUUGUCUCACGUCUACUGCAGUAUGGCUGUUUGGAUCAAGAGACAGCACUGUGUCCAUGUGUUUGCUAACAGUCUUUAAUGGGAAGAGUCCACAUUACCAUAUUCUAGUAUCUACGUUAGACCAUCCUCCAUAUGGCUGGGCUAGAAACAAGUCACAAUUGUUGACUAGAGUAAUGCUGUCUGUCAUCUCCAGAAUUCAGUGGAGAGUUACAGGGAAGAAAAAAAUGUUCUUUGCAAUACUCGUAUCAGUGAGGUUAUUUGUUAGAAUACUUGAGUAGACUUCCCUGAGCCAUCAGGGCUCAGUGUAUUGCAUUCGUCUUCCACUAAUCUGCACUGUGAUCUUUCCUCUUGCCCACAUCCAUGUUCUAGGACAGGCUGAUAUGGAAAAAGGUGUCGGCAUUUUGUUGUUCAUAUUCAGGACAUGAUGCACCUUUAAGCCCUUACCCCUAAAUUACUGAUUGCAGUUGCAGCCUCCUGUCAUGUCCUGGAUUACAUAGGAAAAUGCUUGACACUCAGACAAAUCCCACUACAGACUGAAAGGAAAGCAAAACAUGUCAAUCUGGGGUUUUCUUGAGGUGUCCUAUGUUCCCUUCGCAUGUACAUGUGUACCUCUAUACACACAGCCGCCUCUCAGGCUUGUUCAUCAGUAACUGCAAACAAAAUUCAUCUCUGAAUAUUCACAGGUACUCACACUGCUAUAAGUACAAACACAUUUUCACUUAGACUUUUGUAACACCUGUUCUCCAAAUAUCAGUUAUUCAACCCAGGACAACAGCAUACAUGCAUGCACAAGUAUAACUACUGCAAGAAAGGUCCACCAGUAUCAGUUCAGUUCUCUUAGCACUGCCGAUGUCCAACGACUGCCAGUUACCUAAAUCCUUUCAGAACAAUUCUUACUAAAUAUAUUCCAGGGGAAUUUACAAACCCUCCUCAGCUUCUAGUCCCCAGAAACUGAAAUACAACAUCCUGUGAGUACCCUUGCUCCAAACGCAAAAAAUAAUUUAAUAAAAAUUCUCUAUCCUGACAGACUUAACCUUGAGCUCUCAGCAAGCACGUAAAAGGAGGGAACCUUCUCGUUGUAAGGUAGAUUAUUUUUAAAAGUGUGAAACAAUGCCAAAUCUGACUAAUAAAUUUUAUCCUGCAACUCUAGAA